CCUCCUUUCGACUUGUAUUUUUUCUGCGAAUCCCUACGACAAAUCGACUUGCUAAAACAACCUCUCAAAUCGCUCCGAGCAACAACGCAAGGAGGACUAAAACUACCUACGUGAAGAUCCUAUCUUUCACUCAAUUGCUUCGAACACAAAAAUGACGAUCGCCAAGAGCUGCAUGCCGAACGCUCCCGCCGCACCUGCUGAUGCGACUUCUUUACCGUUUUCGCAGGACGAGACGCCGGACUUGGCCGCGUCGACGUGUGGCCAAGACCGUGGUCCACCCACUGCAAAGAAGGACGGACCGAAGACGAGCGAUAAAUCCGUGCCCACGGGUCCCGAGGUGCACAACUACAUGAAGCGCGCCGGCAAGCGCAAGCAGGUGGUAAUGCACCGCUACAAGAAGCUGGAGCUCCGCUACACCUGUCAGCUGAGACACGACAAGAAGACCAAGCUGGGGGCCGCCGCAGCGGCCGUUGGGGCGCAGACGGUCGGCUUUGUGUCGGUCAUGGUUGAUGGCGUGCAGGGCGUGCGGACCCAGAACUUGCUGAAGCAGAAGGCGGCGCGCCUGCCGGAAAAGGGCGAGCAAAUCGGUGAUGGAGCAGGUGUCGCUGGUGUUGAGUUGUCCUCGGCCGCCUCGUCCGCCGAUGUGCAAGCGUCGUCUGGCGGGGGACAUGCGGAGCAAGACUUUGCUGUGACCAUUGCGGGCGACCAACGUUCUGACGUUGCGGGCGUGGCUCUGGGUGAAGGUGGUCAGCCCGAGAAGACGAAAAAAACGGCGUUUCUGGCGAAGACGGGCACGGGCGUCGUGCGGCAGAAGAAAAAGUUGCUGGCCGGCGGCGCCCAGGGUACUUGCUUUUCUUUGGCAACUUUCCUUACAACAAAGAUGAAAUUCGUCAUUUAGCAGCCAGGCUCCCUUGAUGUUCUGUUGAAUGAUGGUCGUUUGAGUUAGUAUGACCAGCUCUUACUAGAGAGAGGGGAUAAUGCUCGUCUUUCGAAAGCAGCUGCUGAGAACGAGAAGUAGAAGCUGGUACAAGCGGAAACGUGAUCUAGGAAAUAUAGAGCAUUUUAUCUAUGUCGCAUUGAUGUUUUACAGGCUGCGCGUGGUUUGCUGAUCCUGUGGAGCGUCUCGACUGGACACAUUUUCGGACAAACGCCUGUGAGCUCGUUGCGAAUAUCGUAGCGGAUUCCGGUAGUGGAGACGCGGCGACCGCACCCGCAGACGCAAUAAAGCCGAAGGCGCAGGCCAUCAAGACCAAGGCCAGAACGAUGCUGGGAGAAGUUUGGAGAGACACUGGAACUUGGCAAUCUUUGCAGCACCAGGGCUGCUUCGGCACAUCGCUCGGGCAAAAACUCAUUCGACUGUCCACACUGUCCGAGUCCUUCUACAACAACUCGUCUUGGCGAGCAGGGUUGUGGCACGUGCGAGACGUUGACUUCGCCGCGGCUUCCUUGGCGUGUCAAAUUGUCAAUAGCGAAGAUGAGAAGCGGGGCUGUGGCGGUGUUGAUCAAACUGGUCCUGAAGGUGACAAGGUGCUCUUUGGUGGGGGCUCAUCUGAUGAUACUUCUCACGAAAAUAGAAUGCAAGCAGCCAAAGAAGUCUGCAAAUCCCACAAGAAUUUUGGUCUACAGUCACACGCCAGGUCAAUCUGGCGCCGGUUAUUUAAGUACUUAGUACCCAACUGAAACUGGUCAGGGACAAAACCAGUACCCUAGUCAACCCUCUGGAGAAGAUGACGAAUAAGGAAGGGAAGUGACUGCCCGGUAAAAAUACAAGAUGCCAUGCGAUAGGAAAAUAUGAUUCUUUUACCGUUUGUUUUGACUUACGCCUAUAUCGAAGCAGCUGAUAGAUAUUAUAGCUGUUGCUAGUUGCCGUGGUUGCCAUGAAAAUGAAUGACACUGCUCCUCCACAAUUUGCGCCUCAGGCGCAGCUCCGUUUCGUUUUCGGUCACAAAUAAACCAGGAGCACGACGAAGCUAGGCCGGUAGCAUCGUGGAAGAUGGCGAAUUAAGUAAUGAAAAUGAAUACCAAUACUCAGCUUUCUUUUGUGAUUUUAAUAAAGUUUUAGCUUAUCUUAUGAUUCAGCACCUUCAAAUGCAAUUGCAUUUCUAACUCACUGCUCAAAAACAAAUUUGAACAAUCUGUUUUGUACGAAGUAGAAGUCGGUCUACAGUUCCUCUUGUCUCUAGUCUCCACAGCAGUUUUUUCACCAGCACCAACGAACAGUUACUUUAUUUUGUGGACGCCAUCUCGGCCACGUCCACGUCCAGACGCGGACUGACAUUUUGCGCCACAGCAACGGAUUUGACAGUUUGAUUUGAUGAUACAAGACAUACGGAUACGGAAGCACACGGACACCAGAGGGAGCAGCUAAGCGCAAGCGCUCUAUCUGAGGUGCCGCGUUACUUUCCUUUCUGUAGGUUUUAUCCGAAGAUGAACACGGAUGAAAAUUUCUUGGCUUCGCAGCAGAAGAGCAAUGAAUGGUACAACAACUCACUUAGUUGCGAUAUUCAGGAGUCGAAAAUAGGAAGUUGCAAGUGGUGGCUUUUCAUCAUCUUUGAUUUUCUGUUCAUCCUCCUGCUGCCAAUCAGAAAUACUCACUUUGUCCGCCCACCUGUACAUUUAUUUUAUUCAGUCACUUUGCACGCAUACAUUGUUUCAUCAUGCUGGGGAUCCGCAUCUGCCCAUUCAUUUCUAUCCAUCCGAGUAGAAAAGGGAUUCAAUUCAUCCAGCGAACAAGAUUUGAAUUUAGCUCGGGCUCGCGCGUGCGAGUUACGCCAUGGCAGCGGUUUUAUUUUUGAGAAGCCCUUGCACAGUGGUGUCAACACAAACGCGCAUGUCCAAAGUAGUCCAACGUGUCCACGUUCAAGAUGUGAGUCCAGCCUCCUUUCUUGGAGUUAGUGGUCGCUAAAUGCUACUUCGAAAAACCCACAGCGCGGGCCGCGCACGCGGCCCGGGACCCUAGUGACCCCGCUAAAAGCAGUUAUCGAGAACUCGUUCUCGUAUUGCUCAAAACCUUUCCUCACACCCGUGCAUAGCACGCACGGCGGCUGUGUGGGGUGGUGUGUGUUUUUCGGGUCAGAGACCUCAGGACUUCUCGAAAGUUUAUUACCGUAGCUCGUGCUACUUCCUGCUAGUUCAGAUUUCUCUGGUUAGCAGGUAGCGGCUAGUCCGCCUCACGAAUUUGCAGUAGUUGUUUCAUCGGCAUGUUUGUCACCGGCCCUGCGAAUUCCCGCUGCCAGUUUAUUAGCGGCGGCUUAUCCAUGGUCGGUUGCCACAUGUCGAUGGCCUGCUGCAGCUUGUCGUACCUUGAAAAGGGGUCCGCGCAGUUCAGCUCGCUCUUCACGUACUCGCACCACGAGCGGCAGCUGUAUUCGUGGCACCACAUCGCUGCCCGCGUACAUAUGUUCGUUGUCAGCAGCGAGUUGGCCGAGCAUUUCACCGCGGCGCACAGCUCGCCGGUGUUGUCCACUCGGGUGAACGUUACCGAGUGGCUGAGCUCGUGUCGCCACGUCAGCUGCGCCACCCGGAUCAUCAUCGCCUCGUAGUGUUCGAUUGUGAGCGGGUGUUUGUAGUGCUCGCUCACGUCCGGGAAGUCGUACGUGAUUGCCCGGAUCUGGCCUGUUCCGGUUAUUAGCAGCGCCCCGCCGCAUGGUCCGCCCGCCUUGGAGCCGUUGCUGCUGGCGUCCAGGUGCAGCCAGUUUGUUUUCCCGUCGUGCACCUGUGGUUUUAGCACCAGGGGCUUCUGGUUUUUCAGCACUACCUGCACGCCGCGCAGGAGCACGGCCAGCUUGCGGCGCCGCGCUUUGUCCAGCACCCAGGCGUCGAGCCGCUCGUCCGAUCCCGUCCAGUCAUAUAUUCCGCGGAGUAUUUCAUUGCCUGCGUGGUAGGCGGAGUUGCAGACGAUGAAGUUGGCUAUGCCCAGCACGCGCUGCAGGUCCUUCAUUGUCAGGCCUUGGCCCGCUUCGCACUUCUCGACGCAAUGUUUCGUUUGUGUUAACGCCCUGUUCAUGGAGUCCGCCGUCGGUUCAACUGUGAUUUUGUUCAGCUCUCUUCUCCAGAAGUAGUUGAUGCCCAGCGCUUUGAUGGGGUUGUGCUCACAGCUGUUUUGCGACGCUCCGGGCUUGUCGCUUAUCACCAGCCCCAGCGUGCGCGCCAUCUGGCGGUAGAGUUCUCGGCUAAGCAUCAGCCCUUCUCGGUCCAGGGCCAUGUAGUAGCCGUCGUCGAUGUAUAUCACCGCUACCGCGUAGAAGUGGAUCAAAAUCGACAUGCACAGCUCCGCGACCCUGCACCACGAUGGAACGCUGUGCAGGUUGCCCAUGUUCAGCACCAGCGCCAAGAAGUACUGGUAGGACAUGGUGUGGUUUGACCACGCUGCUACCGGGUUGUGCUCCGGUAUCUCACACCCGACCUGGUGGUAGGCGCCUUUGUAGUCCUCGCUGCCCAGUUCCACCAGCGGUUGUUUCGCGGUGUUGUGCGGUGUCUUUUUUAUCGAGUUGCGCGCGUAGCGCGCUUCCUUUUUCACCCUGCUCAUGUAGUCGCGUCCCGUCUUUUCGCCAAAGAAGGAGUCGCUGUGCGUCUGCUUUCUGUUGCGGAAUUGUUCCAGGUGCUGCUGCAUUUGCUCAUAGACCUCCUUUUUCGAGGUGGUUGCGGGCAUUCUGCAGCAGGCUUUUUCCUGUCCGACCGGUGCCGUCAUGGCCUGCGUCAGUUCCUGUAUGACGCGGGUUCCGUAGAGCUGCAGUUUCUCCAGCAGCACCGAGCGCAUGUUCUUCCUGCGCUCGUCCACGAUUGGUCGUAUUUUCCGAAUUUCCUCUUUCGGAAAUAUAUACGCGGGCACGCAGUGGAGCUGGUGCUCACUGAUUUCCAUGUUAUGCCCGCGUUUGACCAUCUGCAUUUGUUCUUCUAGCACCGCGUCCAGUAGCUUGUCUGAGAACCCCUUAGGCUUCAGUUUGCGCAGCGUCACUCCGGCCUCGAAGAGCGCGUCGAUCUGUUCUUGUUCCAGCGGUUGCUUGGUUUCGUCGAGGCCCCACACGUUGGACUCGGUCUGGUUCCCGAUGGUGGGGAAGCCCUUCAAGAUCUGCUCUGGCAGCUUCUUGUCCGGGUGCCCGAUCAUCGCAGUCAAACGCCGCAUCGCCGGUACGUUCCGCACCUGCCCGUUCUCGCUGACCAGCACGCGUUGCAGGUGCUUGGGCGCGUGUUCGCGUACCAGCUGGAGUGCCUCGUUCUUGGUCUCCAGCUCGAUCUCCUUCAGUAUUUCGAUUCCUCUUCGCAGGUGGGCUUUCCACCUGCCGGGGUGCUGUUUACAGAGCUUUGCGUUUCUGUAAAGCUCCUCCCUGAUGGUCUUGACCGCUCGGUCCUCUGCGAUGCAGGCCUGUACGUAGCAGAUGGCUUCGUGCGCCUGCACCUUGAGCUCCUCUGCCUCCGUCCAGUUCGCCGACGCGUACUGCAUCUGUGCGGCCACCGGCGCUUCCGGUGGCGGUAGCUGCAGCUCUGCCGAGCUGUAGCCGAACCCACCAUGCUUAGCGCGCUUAGCACGCGGCAUCUGGGUGGCAGUUGGGGUGGUGGUGGGACAAACUUCACGAUGUUGCCGCGCCGCAACGUUCGCGAGGUUCCCCGAGCGGAAACACCAACUAACCAACAGCAGUGCGUUCAUGUGGACAUACGCGUUUGCGUUCGUUGUGCGUGCAAAUAUCGAUCGAUCGAAUCUCACUGAUUGCUAUAAACCCGAUUGCUACUGGGAUGGAAUGCACUUAUUCGAAUUGCAUUACAGACUAUACCUGGCGGACAUUGGCUCGUG